ACAAUGAGCGAAAAGGAGGUACGUUCAUGAAAAAAAAUACACGCAGCAGAGUGUUGUGAUUUGUUAUUCAUUUUGAUGGUCUUGUCAAUGGUCCGCGGUUUAUAGUUCUCGAAUUGUGUACCUUUUUGACUCGAAAUGGCUUCGAACGGUCUUUCGUUAGAUGAUCAUCAAAGAUUCACGCUGAUGAAGUUCAAGCGCAAUGUUUCUGACGUCAUACAGCCACAUCACAAUGAAAAAUUUCUUCUUCGUUGGCUGAGAGCACGUUCGUGGAAUGUAGAGGCAGCAGAAAAGAUGCUUAGACAGUCCUUGAAAUGGCGCAAGCAGUGGGAAGUAGACGAAGGAUUAAAAACGUGGCAGCCGCCAGAAAAUUUAAUCCCUUAUUAUCCCUGUGGAACUACAGGUUAUGACAAAACUGGAGCACCUGUGAUAAUCGUACCUUUUGGGAAUUUGGACAUUGUAGGCUUGUUACAUGCUUUUGGUAGACAAAUUUUCGUAAAAAUGACUAUUCAAAUGUUAGAAAAAUAUAUGCAACUUGCUGCUGAAAAGAGUGGUCAUAAGAUUGUAGUUAUAUUUGAUAUGGAAGGCUUCAAUUUGAGACAGUAUGUUUGGCGACCAGCGGGUGAAGUAGUCAUUUCCAUGGUGAGGAUGUAUGAGGCUAAUUAUCCUGAGAUUUUAAGGGCUUGUUUUAUUAUAAAUGCACCACCAGUAUUUGCUAUCGCCUUCAAUGUCGUCAAGCGAUUCUUAAAUGAGUACACUUUGGGAAAAAUGCAAAUUUUCAAAAACGAUCCCAAAAAAUGGAAAAAAGUCCUAUUGGAGAAUAUAGAAGCAGAAAAUUUACCUGAACAUUACGGAGGAACCUUAAAAGAUGCAGACGGAAAUCCACAUUAUACAACUAAGGUAGUACAAGGUGGCAAAGUCCCCAGGCACUUAUAUAAACGACACUAUGAACAAAAUUCAGAUACCUUACCAGCAAAGCAAUACACAACGUUGGUUAUUAAAAAGGGCGAUAAAUUAUCACUAGACUUUGUAGCUACCGAAGAAGGAAGCUUUUUAAAGUGGGAUUUUCGAACAGAAGAACACGAUAUCCGUUUCGGAAUAACAAUGAAAGACGCUGAUGGAAAUAUUACGCCAGUUAUAGAUCACAAACGCGUAGCAGCACACCAGGUGGACGAAGCCGGAGUCAUCGCGUGCCAGGCACAAGCUACGUAUACUGUUACGUUUGAUAAUUCAUACAGUCUUUUACGAAGUAAAAAAGUGCAAUAUGACAUUGGAAUUACUCCACCUUUGGAAAAGUUACACAUUUUAGAUCAACACGAAAUACUUGGUGAUGAGGUUGCAGAAGUUGCAGCCACGAGUACCGAAUCAUAAGAUUUUGUUUUGAAAUGUCAAUGUAACGUAGGUUUUUGUUAAAAUAAUUCAAAAUGUGUUACUUAAGAUGCAUUGUUUAUUCUGCCUGGAAAAAUGUGCUAUUGUUGUGUACUUAAAAAAAUAAAUGACUUAGUUUUGUAA